GCCAAAGUGCUAUUUUGUCAUUGGGUGGCUGUGACAGAGAGAGCGAGCCAAGAGAGAAGUAACAGACAGAGAGAGAGCGAGAGUGACUACGAUUGGAUGCCAGUGACAGAGUAAAAGACUAAAGCGACUUGUGAGUUUCCUUAGUUGUCAUGGGCCCUUGGGGGUUGAUCAAGUGGCGCGGCUGACUCAGAGACGGACACAUGAAGGAACGAGCGAGCAAACACAAGUGACGAGAAGUAACUCAGGACAACAACGGGGCUUUUAUAAGUCGCAGCGCACGAGAAACAGAGAGCGAGGGGCGCGCAGGGUGAGUGCUUCUCAGGACCAGAGGGAGACGCUCCGCAGUGUGUUUGCCUUUGCGCCGCAGAGAGCAGGAUCACCCCAGAUCAAUCAGCCCAUCACCCAUCCACCCAUCCGUCCAUCCAUCAUCCCUCCUCCAUCAUCAUCACCAACAACACCACCAUCAUCAUCAUCAUCAUCAUCAUCAUCAGUCCAGCCAGAGAGGAAGGGGGCAGAGAAAUGAAGAGACCUCACGACUACAGCUCCCCGGACUCGGACACGGACGAGUUCAUUGACGUGGGACAAGAAGACAGCUACUGUCCAGUCACGGGGUCCAUGUCUCCAGGCAGCGCCUCACAGAUCCUGGCCCGAAAGAAGAGACGAGGAAUCAUAGAGAAGAGGCGCAGGGACCGGAUCAACCACAGCUUGUCAGAGCUCCGGAGGCUGGUGCCAAGCGCUUUUGAGAAACAGGGUUCUUCCAAGUUGGAGAAAGCAGAGAUUCUGCAGAUGACAGUGGACCAUCUCAAACUGCUGCAUGCCAUGGGAGGAAAAGGAUACUUUGAUGCGAGGGCUCUGGCAGUCGACUACAGGACCCUGGGGUUCAGGGAGUGUGUUGGAGAGGUGGUCCGAUACCUCAGCUCACUUGAGGGCGAGUCCCCGGACCCGAUCGGAGCUCGCCUCGUCUCCCACCUCUCCCACUGUGCGAGCGAGCUCGACCCCCUUCUCCUGCAGACGCCCCCGGCCUCCACCCUCCCCUUCCCUCCUUGGGCGUGGGCGUCCUUCCCUCAGAUCUCCCCCGCCUCGCCGGCCUCCUCUUCUCCUCCUUUCCCCAGCGGGCGAAGGGACCUGGCUCUGCUGGGGAGCUACCCGUCGCAUGCCUCCCUCCGCCUCGCACCUCUGGCCGGGUGCCAGCAGGGCGCGCCGCCGCUCCUCGCGCCGACGGCUUUGGCCGCCGUCCACAGGGUGCCUUCCCUGACAGCGUCCCCGGCCCUGGCCCCCUCCAGACCGACCCAGCCGUCCCCUCACAGCACCACCAGGGCCUCGCCUCUACCUCUCCCCUCCCAUUCCUCUUCCUCCCCUUCUACCUCCUCCUCCUCCUCCUCCUCCUCUUCUACUUCAUCAUCUUCUGCCCCUCUGCAAGUGUCUUUCAGGCCCUUUGCACCUCUGGGGUCUCCCACAGUCCAGCGAAGGGGCUUGAGCGGAUCGGCGAAGGCGGCCCAGGGAUGGGGGACUGAGAUCGGAGCUUUCUGAGGGGCGGCUCCAAUUUUUUAUUUUUUUUUGCUUUGCAAAAUGGACUCUGUGCAGUGGCCGUGGACCUCCCAUGUUCACCGUGUAGCAAACAUGAUGCCUUUGGGUAAAGAAGUAUUGAGCGCUGAUGAUUGUCUCUGCGUGUGAGGGAUUCUAAAAGCCAUAUCAGACGAUGGGUGAAGAUUCAGAUUAUCACAAUCAUAUAUAAUGGGAUGAUGAAGGAAUGUGAAGGAAUAUGUUUGAAUAAAUCCAUGUACAUGAUUUUGCUUGACAAACACACACAGAGAAGUGUCCAACAGAGCCACGUAUCAAGUAUUUGUACCGGUCACUGAACUGUGAUGCUUCUUCUUUUGUUUUCCCGACACAUUUAUACGCUUCCAUCUUUUCUGACGAAUGUUUGACGAAAAAAAAAAAAAAGAGAAAAAAAACCUCUAUAAAGUGCCUUUGACUUUCA